AUGCUCACGGAUUGCGCUGCUCUCGCCCCGUGCCUCAGUUUCCCCAUCUGGAGGUGUCAGGACCCCCGGGGCUCUCAGACUUUGACCCCUUCCAGGCAGCCGGUCUGUCUUCAUCUCCGCCUUGAGUUUAAAGGAAGUUCAAUCUGUUCUAAGGCCCCCCCAGCAGCAGCCGGAAGCUGGCAAGCCUCUCCGUGCCUCAGUUUCUUCUGCCGUCAAACGAGGGGGCCGGCCGGCCGAGACAACCUCCAAGCUCCCCUUCCCCAUUUGUCAGGGGAAAGCCCCAGGAAGGACUGGGCCAUGAAGCUCCUCGUGGCCUUGCUGGCCCUGGUGGCCCCAGGCUUCUCUCUGGAGAACGGGCUGAUGCGGACCCCCCCCAUGGGCUGGCUGGCCUGGGAACGCUACCGCUGCAGCAUCAACUGCCACGAGGACCCCGACAACUGCAUCAACGAGCGCCUGUUCAUGGCCAUGGCCGACCGACUGGCGGAGGACGGCUGGAGGGAGCUGGGCUACGUCUACGUCAACAUCGAUGACUGCUGGAUGGCCCUGCAGCGGGACGAGGGCGGGGUCCUGGUGCCCGACCCGGAGAGAUUCCCCAGCGGCAUCCGGGCCCUGGCAGACUACGUCCACUCACGGGGGCUGAAGCUGGGCAUCUACGGAGACAUGGGCAGCAUGACUUGUAUGGGCUACCCGGGCACCACGCUGGCCACGGUGGCCCUGGACGCCCAGACCUUCGCCAGUUGGGGAGUGGACAUGCUCAAGCUGGACGGCUGCUACUCGAGCAGCCUGGAGCGCGCCCUGGGCUAUCCCGCCAUGGCCAAAGCCCUGAACAACACCGGCCGCCCCAUCGGCUACUCCUGCAGCUGGCCGGCCUACGACGGGGGCCUCCCUCCGGAGGUGAACUACACCCUCCUGGCGGACAUCUGCAACCUGUGGCGCAACUUUGAUGACAUCGAGGACUCGUGGCAGAGCGUCCUCUCCAUCGUGGACUGGUUCUCGGAGCACCAGGACGUGCUGCAGCCCAUGGCCGGCCCUGGGCACUGGAACGACCCCGACAUGCUACUUAUAGGCAACUACGGGCUGAGCUUUGAGCAGGCCAAGGCCCAGAUGGCCCUGUGGACGGUGCUGGCGGCGCCGCUCUUCAUGUCCACCGACCUCCGCGCCAUCUCGCCGCAGAACGUGGACAUCCUGCAGAACAAACUCAUGAUCCGCAUCAACCAGGAUCCGCUGGGCAUCCAGGGCCGCAGAGUCCUCAAGACCAAACACCACAUCGAAGUGUUCGUGCGGCCGCUGUCCAAGGACGCCAGCGCCGUCGUCUUCUUCAGCCGCCGCACGGACAUGCCCUACCGCUACCGGACCUCCCUGGGGGCUCUCAACUUCACCGGGCACGCGCUGUACGAGGCCCAGGACGUCUACACGGAAAACGUCAUCAGCGGCCUCACGCGCGACACCGACUUCACGGUGGUCAUCAACCCGUCGGGCGUCGUCAUGUGGCACGUGUACCCCAUCGUGGGCAAGGAGAGCCUCCCCUGGUUGUGAAAGCUCGCGGGAUUCCGAGCGUCAGGACCGGGACGGGUAUCGCUGCUGGCCGCAGCCUGGACUCGGGGCGCCUCCAGGGGCCCGGCAGGCCUUCCUGGGUCCGAAAGCUGGCCUCGGCCACUCGGCGGGAAGCCUGGCCGUCCCGAAGACCAGACGACCUCACGCGUGCCUGCCUCUGGGCAGACGGGGGGAUGGAGGGGGCAAGGGAGGGCGGCACGGAGAGUUCUCCCAGCGGGGCCCCGACCCUCUCCUGGCCGCCCCCAAGACCCUAAUAAAGUGACUUUAACAGAU